AUGUCUUCAAGUCAGAUAGACCACGCAAAGGUGGUCGCGGACCUCUUUCAAGACAUCAUUACACACACGUCCUACGAGAAGCUCAAGGGCAUUUCCGACCAAAAUGCGGAGCUGCACGACAAGGUCGAAAAGCUCACGACAGCCCUUGACAUGAACCUCGAGAACUUGCACAACACCAAAGCAAAACUGGACAAGUAUUGUCACGAAUUGCGAAAGAAAGACGAACAAGUCCAGUCCCUUCAAAAGGAAGCUGACGACCUUGGGUCAAUUCUCGCCGCCAAGACACAUGAGCUAGACGAGAGGGGCCAAACUAUCACCAGGGCUGAUGACGAACUGAGAAAGGCCAAGCUCGAGAUCCUGAAUCUGACUGAACGUCUCGAGGAAGAAUGCAAAAAGAAUGAAGAGAAGGAAGCUAUCGAACAAGAAUUGAAGUUAACCAGAGAAGAUCUGGAUCAAAACAAGGAAGAGCUCGAAAUACUGAAGAAUUUCUCGACGCCGUUGAAGUCCAUGGACGCAGGAAAUAUAGCCAAGCGCUUCACCAAGAUCUUCGACCUCGCCCGCGAGCUAGCCAAGCAGUUCUUCGGCGUGGAUCUCCCCGAGUCUUCCAUAGCCAACGCUGCCCUGUGGGAUCAGCUAAAGAAGCAUAAUAUUGUCCACCAAGCCCGAAUCCCAUUGCCCCUGUCCAACACUCUCCCCGCGAGGCAGAUGCGCAGCGUCGCCGUUCUCGCCGUUCUUUUUGCCGAACUGAAGAAGCAUGUCUUUCAUCCGACUCAUUUGUUCGAGGACCCCCGUGCCAACGAUGAGUUUACCGCAUUGCUCAGGACCAUGGAUCCUGCCAAAGAGGCCUAUUUUCGCUCUGUUCUCUUUGGCUCCAUUGACGACGACCAAUGGAAACAGAAGGUGAAGGCUAAAGUAGCGACAGUGAAAGCCAGUGUGGAUAAGUGCGUUGGGCCGCUGUUAUCAGAAUCGGAGCGGGUCCGUUUCAUGCAGCAUCUUGAUCGCUUUUGUAGGAGAACUUGUCAAAUUUGGCAAAACCUGCAGAAGUUGGAGACCAAGAUACACUAUUCAACUGAGGACUGGGCACCACCAGAUACGGAUGAGUACCGGGUACUUCCUUUGUCAUCCAUGGUUGUGAUGAACUCGGAGCUGCCCGAUGUGACGUAUCCCGGCGAAUAUCCCGAAAGCCCCAAGCAGAAACAACGGCUUGUGGGAAACGGGCAGUCAUCCCCUGUCAUGUCUUGCUCAAACGUUACUUUCACUCACGACAUCGAUAGGCUAUCGGAUUCCCCAUCACCCUCCAGGUCAACCAUCCGAACAUUCGACAUUUCAUCUGCUGCGGCCGUCGCCACGACCAGCGCAGCCGGCAAUGAUCUCUUGAGCGUUGUCUGGCCUGCCUUCUACACUGAACCCUGCAUACCAGGAGAGUUCAUCUGGAUGGCCUCACCAGGCUACGGAGUCUGCGAUAGCCAGUUCAAGGCAGCCAGGGAGGAGGAGGCUCACUUGAAGCCUCCGGAUACAGACCUGGUGACGACGGCGAUCAUCAAGACGGCGGGGUUGAGCAUGGCCGCGAGUCUACGCUUUCGUCUUUUUUAA